GUGUUCUGGGUAUUUAGCUAACUCCUUUUCCUUCCAGUCCGCGUGUAAGGUUGCAGAAUUUAUUCCCUGCCUUUUAUAGCUAUACUAGUGAAAUACACUGCUUCGUCAGAACUAUGUCUUUCAGUUUCAACUUUGACGUGCAGUUGACGACAAAGGGGCAACCAGGUGAAGAAAGUCAAUCACAAACUGGAAAGCAGGAUUAUGCAGUCAAACCUGUGCCCGGCAACAACAACACCACCACUCCAGCAGAAACUGUCAAAGCAGCUGUUGAACACCAUCCCCCUGCAGAUCCCCACUUUCUCCUCAACGAUGCUGUCUCUGAGACUGUUACCAUAGGAACGCUUCCACCCCUCCACUUCCUGAAUGAGUCUGUGUUCGAGCGGACGGCCAGCGAGCGAGAUGACGACGAGAGGAUCCUGUCGCGGACCGCCGCCCAGAGCUCGGACCUCAUCUCCGGGGUGUACGAGGGAGGGUUGAAGGUGUGGGAGUGUACCUAUGACCUCCUGGAGCUGCUAGAGAGGGAGGGGGAGACAUUCGGGGGGAAGAUGGUUCUGGAUUUGGGCUGUGGUGCUGGACUGCUGGGCCUACUGGCGCUAAAGAGCGGAGCAAGUCAGGUCCAUUUCCAGGACUAUAAUAGUACUGUUAUAGAACAGCUCACACUGCCUAACGCACUGCUCAACUGUCAAGUGGAAGGGGAGGAGGAAGAAGUGAAGGGAAAGAAACAGGGGCUGCAGGAGGAGGACGAUGAGACAAUUAUAGAAGAGGACAAAAUGAAAAAGGAUGAAGAGGCAACGUCCGAUGAGGAGAAGAAGAAUGAACAGAAAAAAGAGGGAGAGAAUGGCAGCCCGUUGCCCAAGAGGCAAGCCCUGGACCUAUCCCAGCAUUCGAAGCUGACCUGCUGUCGUUUCUUCUCGGGCGACUGGACAACGUUCCUAGCGCUGGUCCUCAAGGAAGACCUGUUCCCUAAAUAUGACAUUAUCUUCACCUCAGAAACCAUCUACAACACGGCAUACUACUCAGCUCUUCACGACACCCUCCACAGACUGUUGGCCCCGAGGGGAGUGGUGUACCUGGCCACCAAGGCCCACUACUUUGGGGUGGGGGGUGGGCUGCUCCUAUUUCAACAGUUUAUAGAGGACAAGGGAGUGUUUGACAUGGAGAAACUGUGGGACGUGGACCAGGGGCUACAGAGACAUGUUGUGGCCAUGCACUUCAAAACAACAAACAAGUCUUGACUUUUUAUUUUAUGUAGUUUCACAGAACACAGAUAAUAUUUUUCAAAUUAAUUUCUACUCAAUGCACCUGGAACUUCUAUGCUACAUAAGGUGUGCUAACAUCAGUCAGUUUCAAAAACUUUUUCCUAUAAAGAUCACCUGUGUGUCAAUUGGGACUUUCACAUAAUUUAAAUGACUGUAUGUUUGAUUGUUUGACAGAAAAGACAUAUAGAAUAUUUAAGACUUUCUGUAGGUCUGUCAGUCUGGCUUAUUUUACCUUGGUGGUAAAACCUUGUAUGUCAAAUACUGGAGAUGAGCUUCACAAAGGCAGAUUUAAGGAGGAGUUUGAAUAUUCGCCAGUUGAAGAGGACAACAGGAUAGCUGCACUGAUGGAGGGAAAGAAGCAGAAGUCUGAUAAAGAAGAUUGAGGAGAUGAGCAGAUAUUCCAUUGUAGUGUGCAAACUAGGCCAAUAUCAAGCGUACCUCAAGUAUUUCAAAGUAUUUUGGCAAGUGUAUUUGGUGCAGGUCGGUUUUUAACAGGACAUAAGUGGUAGUUGAAGUAGGCGCAAUAUACUACCCGAACGAAGAUACCGUUUCAUGUCAACUUUACCCGUUGUUCACAUCUCUCUAACUUUCUAUAUUUAUUUAGAAUAGGGCUAGUGCAUGAGAAAGGUGGAAAGGAAAUGAAGGUCUUUAUAGGGGGUUGAUUCCCAAAGUGUUCAAAUAGCACCAUGAAAGCUAGACUUGUUUCUGAAGUCCGCUGCAAAAUGUCAAUUGCGACUUAUCUCAUCUGCCUAAGGACGAGGUCUGAAAGUGGAGUCCAGUGUAGUGUAGCACAUCUAUUCUGCAGUAGGGCUUUGUGGUUUCUGUUCACCUUUUCACAUUUUGUUGCCCAACAGUAUUAUUUUGUAUACACUUUAAAGACUUGGCAAUGUCAUGUUACAAUCUAAUGUUAUCAAAGAUAGACGCAUAUCAAAAUGUCUUAUGUGGCAUGUCGAGUGUCGAGUGCCCUGUUUCAUCCAAUAAGAUUGAGAUUACUUUAUUGGUCAAUUCCAACUGAAAUUUGACUUCCCCUGUUUCCACCAACCCCUCAGAAAGAUACACAUACAGUGCCUUCAGAAAGUAUUCAUACCACUUUACUUAUUCCUAUUUUUGUUGUUACAGCCUGAAUUCAAAAUUGAUUAAAUAUAUUUUUCACACAUU